GUCUAUACGAAUCAUUCAUCGAAACGAUUCUUCCAUCACCGGUCCCCCCUCCUCCGUAGCCAUCACGGUGCCAUUCGCGUUGGACGGACGGUUCCGAGAUUUAUGGUAGGCCAGGUUUUUCGUACUGCUGAUUCCGGUACCAAGGGCUCGGAGUUAGUAACGCGAGCCUUCGAUUGGCGAUCGAGGACUUAGGAUCCGGAAGUGGAAGGUUGCCGCGACGUGCGCAGUACCGUCGAUAUUGGAAUGCCCAGUUAAUAGCAAGAAAUGAAAAUGAAGAAGUUCGGUAACAUAUCGGAUAUACUGCAGACUAUCUCUGUGCUUGCUACUUUGAAGGUAGUCGUGAACGGGCAAACAACGUGUAAUGGCGGCUUAGGUCGGGUCGUUUAUGAGAGACUUCCGGACCAGCAGCUUCAGGGCUUUGACGACGACGUGGUGCGAGACUCUGCGCCGCCAUUCAGAGUCCUGGAGAAAUGUCAGGAGCUUUGUCUGCGCGAUAGAACAGCGACCAACAAUUUAGUACGAAUUUGCACAAGCUUCGACUUCCAACCAGGUAGCAGAAUAGCAUCAUUCAGCGGCGCCGCCGAGUACGAGGAAAGCACAUGCUAUUUGACUAGAGAACAGGCGCAACCGGAAGGGAUUGGUAACCUGAUGCUGGUGCCGAAUAGCGUGCAUUUCACGGAAGUUUGUCUUGGCUCUGACAGGAUAGAAAGGGAAUGUCCCAAUAGACGCUACGUGUUCGAGAGACACCCGAGAAAGAAACUGAAGCUGCCACUGACGGACAUAAAGGAAGUCAGUGCUGCGAAUAGGACAGAUUGCGAGGACAGAUGCCUCAACGAGUUCAGCUUCAUUUGCCGAUCCGCGACGUACGACACAGCGCUAAGAAGCUGCGCCCUUAGUCGUUUCACAAGAAGAACUCAUCCGGAAUUAUUGGAAGACGAUCCUAACUCUGAUUAUCUGGAAAAUACAUGUCUGAACGCGGAACGUCGUUGCGACGGUUUGGCCGUCUUCGUGAAAGAGGAGAACAAACGUCUUCGAGGACCCUUCGAAGUCGACAUCUACACGAACCUGACGCUGGACGAAUGUCAAGCCCUUUGCUUAAGAGCCGAGAAAUAUUUCUGUCGCAGCGUGGAAUUCGACGAGCAGACGCGACAGUGUGUCAUCUCCGAAGAGGAUUCCGUCUCGCAGAAGGACGACAUCGGGAUCAGCAGCAGCCCCAGCCAUCAUUUCUACGAUCUUGUUUGUUUGGACAAUCAUCCGUCCAUAGCACGUGGCUCCGAGUAUCCGGACAGCAGCUCGUCGUCGCAUCUGUUCUCUGACGGCCGACGUCCUGACACUGCUUUCCAAAGAUACCGGAACUCCCGGCUGAGCGGAGAGUUUCACUCGGAAAUAACCGGGCGUAGUUUAAGCGAGUGUCUGGACGAGUGUCUUCGACAGACGAGCUUCCAAUGUCGGAGCGCGGUUUACUCGGAACACUACCACACCUGUCGUCUGAGUCGAUUCAAUCAGCGCGACGGACACAGGAUCAUCUACGACGCUGACUAUGACUAUUACGAGAAUCUUAUGCAUCAAUAUUUGGACGGCGACCGAGACAGUCCAUCCUACCGACCAGACACUCUGGGCCAGGAUUCAAACUUCGGCCGACCGUCUUUAGGAAGACCUGGAUAUCCAGACGACUACGACAAAGGAUACAGCAGCAGCGUGAAGCCAGAUCGAUUCCCAGAUCGCCAUCCGGAUCGUUUCCCUGAUCGUUAUCCAGACCGCUACCCUGAUCGUUACCCUGACAGAUACCCUGAUCGAUACCCAGACAAAUAUCCUGAUCGUUAUCCUGACAAAUAUCCAGAUCGUUAUCCUGAAAAAUAUCCAGACCGUUAUCCUGAGAAAUAUCCGGAUCGUUAUCCUGAGAAAUACCCAGACAGGUAUCCAGAGAAGUACCCAGAUCGUUAUCCAAGCGACAGGUAUCCAGACAGAUAUCCAAUGAGUGGUCAAUAUCCAAUCGGAGUAGAUGGUGAAACGUAUCCUGAGUCUAUCGAUCGAUACCCUGUGAACGAUCGUUAUCCGAGCGGAGAUCGUUAUCAUACAGUAAACCGUUACCCUGCCAAUGAUCGUUAUCCAAUCGUCGAUCGUGACCGAUAUCCAUCCUCGGACAGGUACCCAAUUUCCGAUCGAUUUCCGAUUAGAGGCAGUGAUCGUCGUCCUGUUCCUGUUGAUCGAUACCCUAUUCCUGACCCAACGAUAGACAGAUAUCCGACGAGUAAUCGAUAUCCGACCGGCGUCGGUAACCGAUACCCGAUAUCCCCGGGUCGUUAUCCAAAUGAUAAUGAUCGUUAUCCUAACACUAUCGAUCGUUACCCGAUUCCUGAGGAUCCCUUAGAUCGCUACCCCACUGCGAUAGGCGGAGGCAGGCCUCACGUUGAUCGAUAUCCUAUUAGCGAGAGAUAUCCGGACAAGGACCUUUAUCCCAGCCGGUUUCCUCCGCCCUCCCACCCAGCUGGUUACCCGGCAAGCUACCCUGAUGACAUCUACAACCCCCAACCACACCCCGAUCGGACGCAUUAUGGUGCCGGUGGACCAAGCAGACCUUUAGGAUACGGCGGAUACAGCAACGACGGCGCCAUAAUCGGCGGUGGUUAUAUAGGCGAGGGUGGCGUUUAUAAUUCGAGACCAUUCGGAACAAGCGGAGGUCCCAUCAUCGGUCGACCGCCGUUGGUCUCGAGAUGCGACGAACAAGACAACUUCCGGCAGGUCGGGCCGCACACCAGAGUCCGGAAGCCGUUCGUCAGACGGUAUACGACCGCUUCCUCUUUGGCCCAGUGCGAAAGGGAGUGUGCGGACGCCAGGGACUUCGUGUGCAGGUCCUUCAACUACAGACCUUACGCAGCCCCCUAUGGCGCCGAAAGGGACAACUGCGAGCUAAGCGACCGGGACUCCAGGGACAUGGACAUGGGCAAUCCGGUGUAUUACGACACCGGGUCCGACUAUGACUUCUACGAGAGGAACAACGGCAGACAGGGCGUCGACGCGGAGUGUCUCGACGUGAGUCAAGUCUGUAGCGAGGACGGGAUGGAAUUUACUUUAAGGACGCCGGAAGGAUUCAUCGGUCGGAUUUACACUUACGGAUAUUAUGAUCGGUGCUUCUUCCGUGGGAACGGCGGCACUGUGAACGUGCUGCGAAUCAGCGGCCCCCAGGGUUAUCCCGAAUGCGGCACUCAAAGAUACGGGGACACAAUGACAAACAUCGUCGUGGUACAAUUCUCGGACUACGUACAAACCGGAAGGGACAAACGGUUCAACCUUACCUGCCUGUUUCGAGGCCCUGGCGAAGCUGUCGUCACAUCCGGCUACAUCGGUGCCGGGUAUGCCAGAUCAGGGUCCCCGAUUCCCAUCGAAUAUCUACCAGCAGAAAACACGCUGAGUUCUCGAGUGAGAUUACUGAUUCUCUACCAAGGCAGACCUACGACUACCAUUGCUGUAGGCGACCCGCUUACUUUCAGGCUUGAAGCUCAAGACGGAUAUAAUUACGUUACCGACAUCUUCGCCACCAAUGUCAUCGCAAGAGAUCCUUAUUCCGGAAGGAGCGUUCAGCUGAUCGACAGAUACGGUUGCCCGGUAGACAAUUACGUGUUCCCAGGAUUGGACCGUCUGCGCGACGGAGAUAGCCUCGAGGCUCGUUUCAACGCGUUCAAAAUCCCCGAAUCUAAUUUCUUGGUGUUCGAGGCAACGGUGAGGACCUGUCGAGACGGUUGUCAGCCUGCCUACUGUUCCGGUGGUACCGGAAGGAGCGAGCCAUCUUUCGGUAGGAGAAGAAGGGACGUGUCGCAGAACGACACAAUAGCCGAGGAAAAUGAAAUAAGCACGAUAAUCGAGAGUACUGCGAACGACACGUCUGCCAUUUCGAAUUCCACCGUCGCUGACGACGACGACGACGACGACAAAGGGGAGGAUGAAGAGGAGGAGGAACACGUGAGAGAAAUGAUCGAGGUGCUCGACUCGAGAAUGGACAUAGAUGAGGAAACAAUGGUGGAGAGGCAGACCACUGUCAUGGAGAACGUUUGCAUAACGCCGAACGAAUAUUACGGUCUAGUGACAGCAGUAGCAGUACUGGUAGUGCUUCUGGCUUCCGUAGUAUUAUUGUCUAUGCUGAUUUAUAGAAAAUACGUUUACGCGGUGAUUACGAAGAACCGUAGAGUCGAUAAAGCAUGCAACCGUAGCAGUCAUUCGGACGAGGCUUAUAGUAGUCGAGCGAAUAAUUUCUCAUUCCUGCGCAGUGGAUUUCAGAAACCGUUUCAAUCGACAUCGAUCUCCAGAUCGAUGAGCAACGUGAUCAGCCAACGCGUGGUAAGCGGUUCGUCAACAGCGUUGGAAGGUGCUGUCGGACUGUCAUCGAACAGAAGAACCGGCUUCGAUCCCAGUGAACCGAUUUACACUGAUCCGUCGCUUUUCGAGGUCGCUCGUUGCUCAUCCCCUAAACCAGCACUCAAUGAUAACUUCCAUCUGAUGUAGAAAAGUCUGAUUGGUACUAUACCAUUUCGAAAUCCGUCUGAAUCAAAAGUGGUUUUCUAAAGAUAGGUGUAAAAUUCGAACAGUUCAAUUGUUAUUGUACAUCUUCGGAAUACGGCAUUUGAUCUCAACGAUAUUACUUUGUGAUCAUCCGCAUGAUGAUUGACACCGAAUUAACUUGACUUUAGAACCGAUAAGCUUCAUCGAUCGCAUUUCUUCAAUGGCUCAUCUCGUCUAUCGUUUUCUCUUUCCUUUCUUCCCCUCCUUUGUUUAAUAACGACGAUUACAGUGCUAGUCAAAUUCAAUGACUGUCAGCUACAACUGCCAUGUCAACUAAAUGACAAUCUCAAUUCUUCCAACGUUCAUGCCGAUUCUACGUAGAAAUCGUAAAAAGUAUAAUUACUUUCCGUGAUCGUCGUAAGAACGUUCAUAUACAAGCACGAGCACUAUGAUCAUGUAUCUGUUACUUUACUGAAAAAUAAUCGUUUACAAUCAAACAUUUAUCGCUAUUCCUCGAAACCUCUGGCAUACUACACGGUUAAGUUUCUACGAUGAAAACGUUAGUGACUUCGAACGAAC